UCUCUCUGUCAGCCUCUUCCGCAGUACCACGACGCUUUAGACAGCGAGGUAGAAGGCAGGUAGCGAGGCUGAACCGACUAGUCUAUAUUAAAAUAUACGCUCCUUUGCCCUUUUUUUAAAAAUUAUUAUUUCUGCCUAAAAAUAUUUCCACCUAAAUAGUUUAGCUAAGGAAGAAAUACACGCGUGCACUUGGCUUGCAGAUUUAAAAAAAAAAACAAGGAGAUAUUAGAAAUAUUUAAAAUAAAUUGGAAGGUUUAUUUUUUUUAAACUAAUAAAAUAAUAUUGCAUCUUGCAUUCUCCCUUUUCAACCUGUUAUAUUAGAGAGAGGGGGGGGAAAAAAACGUCAUUUAUAGAGCAUUUGCUUGCAAACGCAAACACCUAGACACGGUGACAGAUUUAGAAUUAUACAUAAAGAUUUUUGCUGGUUGGUUUUUUUUUUUUUUUUUUUUUACCUGGCUCCUGCUCGUUGUUUUUUUUUUUGUUGUUCUUUGCUAUAACUCCCUCUAUCCAGAGCUCAAAAAUGAAUUACCUCCGUCGACGGCUCUCGGACAGCAGCUUCAUGUCCAACCUGCCCAACGGUUAUAUGAGUGACUUGCAGCGGCCGGACCCUCCGCAGCCCAGCCCGGCAGUGUCGCCCGGACCCCCGGAGCGCCGCCAGUCGGUAACUCCGUCCGCCGGUGCCGGUUUUUUCUCUUCCAUUUCCAACGCGGUCAAGCAGACAACCGCGGCGGCAGCGGCGACGCUGAGCGAAGCCACUAUCGGUGGCACCGGUCCAGCCCGCAGCAAGAUACUGCUAGCCAUCGAUGACCAACAAACCGACUGGGCCAAAUUCUUCAAAGGAAAGAAAGUCCAUGGGGAAUUCGAUAUCAAAGUGGAGCAGGCUGAGUUCUCUGAAAUUAAUGUGGUAGCCCACGCCACUGGAAGCUAUAGUGUGGACAUUGAAGCCAUAAGAAAUGGGAUCAAAAUUAACAAGUCAUUCCGGCCGGACUUUGUGCUCGUCAGGCAGCACGCUUUCAGCAUGGCAAAGAACGGAGACUUCAGGAACAUCGUCAUAGGGCUGCAGUACGCUGGGCUGCCUGGAGUCAACUCACUGCACUCUGUCUACAACUUCUGUGACAAGCCUUGGGUGUUUGCUCAGAUGACAAGACUGUAUAAGAAGUUUGGUCCCGAUGAGUUCCCGUUGAUUGAGCAAAUCUACUACCCCAACCACAAGGAGAUGAUCACUACCCCUAGGUUUCCAGUCGUGGUAAAGAUGGGCCACGCUCAUUCUGGCAUGGGAAAGGUGAAGGUGGAUAAUCAGUAUGAUUUCCAGGACAUCGCCAGCGUGGUCGCCCUCACAAAGACCUACGCCACUUCGGAACCCUUCAUCGAUGCCAAGUACGACGUUCGCAUCCAGAAGAUUGGCAACAACUACAAGGCGUACAUGAGAACUUCAAUUUCUGGCAACUGGAAAACCAACACAGGGUCAGCAAUGCUGGAGCAAGUCGCCAUGUCUGACAAAUACAGGCAGUGGGUAGACGCCUGCGCAGACGUCUUUGGGGGCCUUGAUAUGUGUGCAGUGGAGGCACUCCAUGGCAAGGAUGGCAAAGAUUACAUCAUCGAGAUGGUCGGCUGCUCCAUGCCUCUCAUCGGAGACCACCAGGAUGAGGAUCGAACCCUCAUCACAGAGCUGGUGCUGAGCAAGAUGAACCAGAUGCUGUCCAAGACUCCUCUCCCCUCCCCAGUGAGACUCACUCCAGCCCAGCCAGCUCAGCCCCAACCUCAAGGACAGCAGGUAGUUUCCCCACAGCCCUCUCAGGCACAGACUCGGCCAGUCCCGGGGCCUCAGCAAGGACCCCCAGCUCAACAGCGCCCCCCUCCGCAAGGUGGCCCCCAACAGCCUCCCUCUGGCCCUCAGGGAGUCCGCCAGGGCCCCCCCUCCCAACAAAGACCCCCCCCUCAAGGUCAACCGAUCCAGGGUCAGAGCCCAGCAGCUUUGAACCAGCCCCCCUCCCAACAGCAACACCGAGCCCCCAGUCCCAGCUCCCAGCACCCUCCAUCUCAGCUCCCACCCCAGCAACAGAGGCAGCCCAGCCCUGGGGGGCCAGCAGGGGGGCACCCGACAGCAACCCAGCAGCGACAGCCAGGGCCCGGGGCCCAGCAGCCUCAACAGAGACCCCCGUCAGCUCAGAGCUCCCCCCAGCGCAGUCUCAGCGGCUCCCCUCAGAUGCAGAGACAACCGCAGCAGCAGCAGCAGCCGCAGCCACAGCAAAGACCCGGUCCCAUGCCGAAACCGACAGGCUCCCAACACCAGAGGCCUCCGCAGCAGAGGUUGCCUGGCCAAGGAGGACCACAGCCCCCUUCCCAGCAGCAACGACCUGCCUCCCAGGGCCCUGCUCCACAAGGCAGGCCCCUGCCCCCCACCACCCAGCAGCCCAGGCCCUCCGCGCAGGGGGGCCCGCAGGGGGGGGGGCGCCCGCCCGUGCAGCAGAAGCCUCAGCCUCCCCUGAAACCCAGCCAGGAUCAGAGCAUGGGAAUGCCCUCCCAGCAACAGCAGCCCCAGCUCAACAAAUCGCAGUCUCUUACCAAUGCCUUCAACAUUCCAGAACCUUCGGUGGGUCCCCGUUCAAUCCUUAGCCAGGACGAGGAGAAAGCAGAGACCAUCCGAAACCUGCGCAAGUCCUUCGUGAGCCUCUUCUCAACUGAGUGACCCCCCCUCCGACUGAGAGACCAUCCGAAACCUGCGCAAGUCCUUCGUCAGCCUCUUCUCAACAGAGUGACCCCCAAAAACACAAACUAACCCCCCCUCCCCCUCCCAAAGCGUGUACAGAACCAGACAGCUCCUCACUCCUCACCGAGAAGACAGUUUACGAGCAGGUUAGGGCUGGGGUGUCAAACUACUGUCUCCUAGCUUUCAUUCCAACCCCCUCGAGCACUCAAUUACUUAAUUGGUCGAAUUAUUUAUGAUGAAUUGGUCCCCCAAUGCAACGCUUCUCUCCAGGCCUUGAAUGCAGUGUGUGUGUGUUCUUUUUUUUAAAUUAUCAACAGUAACAUACUUUGAAAAAAACGACAUCUGUCCAACUGAACACAUAAAGAGACCAACGAAGUAAAUGGAGAGCUUAAGUUGGCAUAGAAACCAGAAGACCCCCGCGGCCCACGAGGGCUGGAGUUUGACACCCCUGGGUUAGGGUGUACAGAAUUAAAUAACUCUCUCUCUCUCCUGUUUCGUUUCCAAUUUUUGACAUCCUUGAAGUGUUACAGAAACCCCUGCCCCAAUCCAAUCCGAUCGGAGCCAUUUGCUGUCGUGCUCCUCGUUUGUGAAUUUAAAGCAUUUUUUUAAUGUGCUUUUUGGCCAUAGCUGUGCAGAAGUGAAUUCAGCUGAACGCAGUCUGCAAAUACACCCAUUGAACUGGUGUUUGAUGCCAUUCACCCCAUAUGACAAAUUAUAUAUAUAUAAUGCUAUAGUCAAUUUUUUUUUUAAAACCAACUUAGCUACUUUAUAAAUUACAGAUUCCUAAUUAAAACUAAGAAACGAGUUUAUAGAAUCAAUACAGAUUACUCAGUAACCUCCAGAAGAAAUUUUUAAUUCAGUCUUAAAUCAGUAUUUCAUUGGCCGUUUCUCAAUAAACCCCCAGCGUGUGUCGUUACAUUCUGAAGUGUAAAAUUUCACACCUACAUUGCUGUUGUCAGUAGAUAUUUAUACAGUGUGGCUGCCUCCUCCUCCUUCUCUCUCUCUCUCUCUCUCUCUCUCUCUCUCUCUCUCUCUCUAAGCCAAGUCCUAAAGCUGCUCCACUGCUAAAGAGUGUGUGUGUCCGGUCUCAGGCAUGCCAACUGUAGAAACUCUUCAAACAGACCGUUUGCCAUACAGAGACCGGGCUCCCCAUUCUCCGUUAGUCACUCAGUCCAGUACUAUGCAUUUUCGAGGUGGAAAUUUAAAAUGGUUUUGCAACCCUGAAAUUGACCCCCGCUUUCGGACUGUCUGACUCCACCAACUUUAGGACUUGGUGUUAUCUAUGCCAAGUAUUUUACGAUCACCCCCCCCCCCCCCCCUCUCCCCCUUUGUGAAAUGUGCCUACCCUGUACAGCCACCUCCCUCAUAAUGUUUCCCAGACACCUAGAAUUCCAAUCAACUGCAGUGAGAUUUUUGGAUGCUCCAUGUAUAUAUUAUUAAAGAACCGAGAAACUGAAAAAGUUUUUUGGUAGGGCAAAGAAAGACGAAACGGUAAACCGCGAGGGGAAUUGUUUGCUCAUUCUGGCUUAUAAAGGGUAAUAGUUAUGACACUGCUGACUUUAAUGUCUUGUAGUUCUACUAAAUGCAAUUCUACUAUAUGUAAUAGACUCUGUGCUGUUAGCAGCCAGCAAUUAAAAUGAUAAUGCUUAGGUAUAUAGCCAAAAGUGUAGAGCACAAAUCUAAGGAGGUUGUGAUGAGGCUGUAUAAUGUACUGGUGAGACCGCACCUGGAGUACUGUGUCCAGUUCUGGUCACCUCAGCACUACAGAGACAGUGUGGUUCUGGAGAGAGUCCAGCAAAGAGUCACCAGACUACAAAGACAGGCUGAAAGAAGUGAAUCUAUUAAGCCUGGAGAAAAGAAGAAUUAGAGAAUUGAUUGAAUUGUUUAAUAUCUUAAAAGGCGUUGACAAACCCCAAGCCAGUGCUUAAUGCACAGCACAGAAACCAGGACCAGAGGACGCACAGUGUGGAAAUGAAGUGGAGAUAGACUUAGGACAGAGAGAAGGAGACUCUUCUUCACACAGAGAGUGGUGAGAGUGUGGAAUGGGUUACCUAGUCAUGUUGUUGAAGGAGACUCUUCUUCACACAGAGAGUGGUGAGGGGAUGGAAUGGGUCACCUAGUCAUGUUGUUGAAGGAGACUCUUCUUCACACAGAGAGCGGUGAGGGGAUGGAAUGGGUUACCUAGUCAUGUUGUUGAAGGAGACUCUUCUUCACACAGAGAGCGGUGAGGGGAUGGAAUGGGUUACCUAGUCAUGUUGUUGAAGGAGACUCUUCUUCACACAGAGAGUGGUGAGGGGAUGGAAUGGGUUACCUAGUCAUGUUGUUGAAGGAGACUCUUCUUCACACAGAGAGCGGUGAGGGGAUGGAAUGGGUUACCUAGUCAUGUUGUUGAAGGAGACUCUUCACACAGAGAGUGGUGAGGGGAUGGAAUGGGUUACCUAGUCAUGUUGUUGAAGGAGACUCUUCUUCACACAGAGAGUGGUGAGGUUGUGGAAUGGGUUACCUAGUCAUGUUGUUGAAGGAGACUCUUCUUCACACAGAGAGAGGUGAGGGGAUGGAAUGGGUUACCUAGUCAUGUUGUUGUUGCCUCCUCUCGUUCAUCAAUUGUAAACUUCAUAUGACUGAUAGUAUUUUAAAUGGAGCCCUCCUUUCUUUGCAUCGCUAUGUCUGGCUGUGUAAAAGUCCACUGCUCCUGCGUUGAAGGAAUUCUGCCCCCCCACCCCACCCCACCCCACCCCACCCCAGUUGUAAAUACAGUCCCCCUCACGCCCCCCCCCCCUUCUCCUGUGCAUCCGAUGUGAAAACUUGUGAUAAAAAGUAACGUGUUGAAGUUGUGCUGUUUACUGUAAUAUCAAAAUGAAGUACUGUACAGUUUGUGCUAAAUAUGAUGAACUUGUGAAUUCCAGUUUUAUGUGCCUGUGUCAGUGUUUGCGUGUUGAAUGGGUGAAUGGUUUGCAAUAUUUCAAUUUCUUUUUUUUUACUUUUGUAAUUUCUUUAUAUAUUAUUUAUAUUGUUUUGUAAUUAUUCGUUCGAUUUUAUACUUGUUACCAAAAACCCUAGAGACACUUGUAUAAUCUGCAUUAUUAUUAUUAUUAGUUCUACUACACAGCAUACAAUACUGAAUCUUAAAUUAUGCAGAUUUUACGACUAAUCUGAUCGUGUUUUUCUGUUGUUGUUUGAGGCUGUAUUCUAAACAAUGGCCACAAGAGGGAGCCAGUGAGUCCCUGUAGCGACCGGGAAGAACCACUAGGGGGCGCCAAUUCACUUAGUCGUGGCUUGGUAUCUGACCAAAGUUAUUAACUUGAAAAGCUACUUUUUAAAUGUUAUUUUAUUUUUUAAAACUUUUUGAAUGCCUUUAUUUAACAUAACCUUGAAAAUAUAGUUCGGAUCGACCCAAAGUGAUCACGUUUAUUUUUUUAUUCACAUUUUAUUUAUUUAUUAAUUUAAUUUAAUUUAUUUAUGUAUUUGUUGGACUGAAUGUUAAAACUACGUAGUGCAAUAUGAGAUCCAUAAUUUGGAUUAUUGUGUUUGUCUGUUUGAUGCCCGUUGUGCUGUAAAUUGUAGCCAUGAGUUGGCGUGACCAAGUUGUUUAUGAAAUAAAUAUCUGUACAAACAUAUAUCUUCGAUGUAAUUGUAGGUGUGACAAUAAAUAUGGGAAAUACAUUAUUGUGCUAUCAAAUUAACACCAAAAAAAAAAUAUAUAUAUAUAUAUAUAAAAAUAUCAAUAAAGUCUAUUAUUAAUCUUAAA